UCCGGCGGAACGUGUUGUUGCCAUCGUCGUCGCCGUCGUUUCAUCGUCGGCUCCCGCCAGUCGAGUCGCGUCCGCCGAGGUGUGAACGUGGUUUCCGUUGGCGUUUCCGCCGAUUAACCCCCUCGCGAUUUGCACCACCCCGCCCGAGCGCGCGACCAUACCCUCGAGGCGAAAAAGAAUAUGGCCUGCAACAGAGCCGCCAAGUCCGGAUUCGCCGCGGAGGCGCAGAGGAAGAUCAAUAGCAAGUACAGCGAGGAACUCGCGCAGGAAUGUCUGGAAUGGAUCAAAACAAUCACCGGUGAAAACAUUAACACCAAUGGUGAUAUGGACAACUUCUACGAGAUCCUAAAAGAUGGCAUCUUGCUUUGCAGGCUGGUGAAUGACAUUAAGGAAGGCUCAGUGAAGAAAAUUAACAAGACAUCACUGGCCUUCAAAUGCAUGGAAAACAUAAAUGCCUUUCUGGAAGCUGCAAGGGCAUUAGGUGUUCCGGCGCAAGAGACCUUCCAGACCGUAGACCUCUGGGAAAGACAGAAUCUAAAUUCCGUUGUUAUUUGCUUACAAUCUCUUGGGAGGAAGGCUGGUCAUUUCGGUAAACCAACCAUCGGUCCUAAAGAAGCGGACAAGAAUGUACGUAAUUUCACAGAAGAACAACUGAGAGCCGGACAAGGCGUGAUAAGUCUACAAUACGGCAGUAAUAAGGGCGCUAAUCAAAGCGGCAUUAAUUUCGGAAACACCAGACACAUGUAAAAAUCUACAUUCGUGCCGGGAGGCAAAAAUCGCUGUUUUCAUUUCUUCUGACUUUUUUCCCGCAACAAGUAUUCUUUUAGACGUAGCGUAUCGCAUAAUAGACGUUAAAGAGGUCCAAAAUGAAGGUAUAUUAAACGGAGUGUAUAAUAUCCUCAUUGCAACAGAGGACAUAAAAAUGCAGAUAUAAAAUUCGUCAAAUAAAAAAGUGAUACAAAGUAUAACUUAAGAAAAGAAAAACGAUUUAAUUCUUGGACGUAUAGCAGAGAUUUUUCAAAUUAUACAGUAUUUAUUCUUUUUUAUUAUAAUCCUAAUAUCAUCAAUCGUAUCUUUUUCUUCUUUUUAGUAAUUCUUAGAAAAAGAUUAAGUCAUAUUUUGACGUUCAAUUAAUUCAAUCCAAGAUUUAACAAAUUAAUUUUCUACAGAGUCUUUACAAAUGUUUAUUAAACCGAUACAUCCAGGAGUUAAACCGUACUUACGAUUUGUAUUGAUAUAAAUUAUUUAAUUUAAUUUUUGUUAUCACUUUUACUUCAAAUCUGUCGCGUAGUUAUUCAGAAUUGAAAUAUAUUAUACUUAUGCGAGUAUGUAGAGUGAGCGCUCCGAGAAGUAAUAUUUUAUAUUCCAUUUCUUGAUCUAUAUGACAAUUCAGUGUGAAUCUUUUCUACCUAUGUAUAAUAUACAUACAUUACUAGUAUGUAUCUAUAUAACUAUUGUAUUUCACGACCUACAAUGCGACUGUGUAGUUCUCAGGAUAGAAAAUACACAAACAUUCUUACAUAAUACAAAGGAACAAAGUUUAUCGUGCGUUAUUAUUAGCUCGGACAGCCACUAUAAUUGUUGAAAGUUUCAAAGUAUAUUGUAUAACUAAGAAACCGACUAGUUGCGCCGUUGUCAUCGAUUGAACACUUCAAAGUUACAAUCUAAUCAAAUCAUUCUAUAAAUUUGUGUUGCACGAGAGAUAAUUUUAUAUAAUUAUAUAUUAAGUAUAUUUUGUACAAAUAUAUAUUGAUGAUUAGAUAAAAUAAUUUUUCAUAAUAUGCUGAUGAUAUGAGUUAAUAAAUAAUCAUCGAUAAGUGAUUUUUAUAUUAAAUGUUACUUAUGAUGAAGUACGAUUGUAUGUUACACUUUUAAUUUUUUCUACCCUGUAAGUCAAUUAAUCUUCUUUUCGGAAUAUAUUUAAUAUGUGUGCCU